UCCUUUUAACUCACAUCCCACCCAAAAUACAAGGAAUGAUAUACAUACAGAGAGAGAAACUUUAACCUAUAUCUAUCUGUCUCCCUAUCAUAUAAUUAACAAACAAUAACAAUCACCGUAAGCCAUUAAAGCUGUACCAUCAUAAUCGCACAUGUUUCCCCCUAUUUUCAACCACAUCAAUCCAUUCUAGGGUUUUAUGUUCCAGAUCUGAUUUCUCAUUUCUCCAUUUCAAUUUAUGCGCAUUUUCGAUUCCAACAGGGAUUUUGAGUUUACGGAUUGAUCUGCAUGCGCCACAAGUGUUUGAAUUGUUGAGAUUUGGUUGAUCUGAGGCGUGUUGAUUCGAAUUGAUGCUCGUUUGUUUGUAGUGUUUCGGUGAAUAAGUUUAAGAAGAAAAGUUGGCUCCCCAACGCCGAUCGCAGCGCCAUAUGGGCGGCCAGAUGCAGCAGAGAAAUGCUUCUGCAACUUCUCUGUAUGAUCAACCUGCAGAAGGUAAUGCAGGUCCUUCGGGUGAUGCCGGAGAUGCUGUAAUGGCAAGAUGGCUCCAGUCUGCAGGUUUACAGCAUCUGGGCUCACCGGUUGCGUCUAAUGGAGUUGAUCAACGCCUGCUACCCAAUCUUCUCAUGCAGGGAUAUGGGGCACAAUCUGCUGAAGAAAAGCAAAGGCUUUUUAAAUUAAUGAGGAACCUCAAUUUUAAUAGCGAGUCUGGUUCUGAGUCAUUUUCUCCAACAACCCAAGGUUCUGGAGGAAUUGGUGCAUCAGAUGGUUUCUAUUCUUCCGAGUUUAGGGGUGAUUUUGGAGCAGGGUUAUUGGAUUUACAUGCUAUGGAUGACACAGAGCUUCUUACAGAGAGUGUCAUGUCAGAACCAUUCGAGCAAUCACCUUUCAUUCCUACGACUACUAAAACAGUCAACAAUGACUUUGACCCCCUGCCUAAUCGGCAGCAAAGAGGACAGGCUGAUGUAGACGUGUUUCAAGGACUUCCGACCCUUGAAAAAGAAAUUAGUUCAAGGGAAAAUAACGUUGCUAAGAUUAAAGUUGUGGUACGCAAGAGACCACUGAAUAAGAAGGAACUCGCUCGCAAGGAAGAUGAUGUUGUGAGCGUUUGUGACAAUGGUCUAACUGUCCAUGAACCCAAGCUAAAGGUUGACCUGACCGCUUAUGUGGAGAGGCAUGAGUUCUGUUUUGAUGCUGUUCUUGACCAACAAGUAACCAAUGAUGAGGUUUAUCGUGAAACUGUACAGCCAAUCAUACCUAUAAUAUUUCGGAGGACCAAAGCAACUUGUUUUGCUUAUGGCCAGACAGGAAGCGGUAAAACCUAUACAAUGCAACCGUUACCUCUUAGAGCUGCAGAAGACCUUGUUAGAUAUUUAAAUCACCCAACUUACCGUAAUCAAAAGUUCAAGUUAUGGCUUAGUUACUUUGAGAUCUAUGGUGGAAAGCUCUACGAUCUUCUAAGUGAUAGAAAAAAACUUUGCAUGAGAGAAGAUGGAAGACAGCAGGUUUGCAUUGUCGGUUUACAAGAAUUUGAAGUUUUAGAUGUACAGAUUGUUAAAGAAUACAUUGAAAGAGGGAAUGCUGCUAGAAGUACCGGCUCUACUGGAGCUAACGAGGAAUCUUCAAGGUCACACGCCAUAUUACAAUUAGUUGUGAAAAAACACAAUGAGGUAAAGGACACCAGAAGGAAGAAUGAUGCCAAUGAUACCAAGAGUGGAAAGGUUGUUGGGAAAAUCUCGUUCAUUGAUCUUGCUGGCAGUGAGAGAGGUGCUGAUACAACUGACAAUGACAAACAAACACGGAUUGAAGGUGCUGAAAUUAACAAGAGUCUUUUGGCUCUUAAAGAGUGCAUUCGUGCACUUGAUAAUGACCAGAUUCAUAUUCCGUUUCGUGGGAGCAAACUGACUGAAGUUCUUCGUGAUUCUUUUGUUGGAAAUUCAAGGACUGUUAUGAUAUCUUGCAUUUCACCAAAUGCUGGUUCUUGUGAACACACUCUCAAUACCUUGAGAUAUGCUGAUAGAGUUAAAAGUCUUUCAAAAAGCGGAAAUUCGAAAAAAGAUCAAGUUGGAACUUCACAGGCAACUACUAAGGACUCCUCAUCAGCAAAUUUGCUAGUUUCUUCUGACGGAGAGGACAUGUACGAUCGCAAUCAAGAGGCAAAAGUUAUGGAUACAGGUAAAUGGGGCCCGCAAAGAGACAAUUUAUCUUACAACGCCACAUCCGAUUUUGAGAAACAACCUAUUCCAAGUUCUUCAAAUUACACCUUCAAAAGUCGGGAUGAAAGUGGCUUCGAACAGGAGAAAGCCGAUGCAAAGAACACUUUUAGCGGCUCCUAUAGUCAGAGAGUAUUCCCUAGGCCAAGUUCGGUUGAUACAACAGAAGAAACCGUGCAGAGGGUAUCACCACCGCGAAGAAAAGUUAACUGGCAGAAGAAGGAUAACGGUGAUGAAAAACCUGAAAAAGGCUGGUUAAAAAGAGAUGGUAAUAAUACUGAUAUUUCAAAUAUCCCAAAUGCCAGUUAUAUGGCGUCAAAACAGUCGGAACCAGAGCAGCUUCAUGAUGAGAAUGUCAAUGAAAUACUUGAGGAAGAAGAAGCUCUGAUUGCAGCUCACAGGAAAGAGAUUGAAGAUACAAUGGAGAUAGUGCGUGAAGAAAUGAAAUUGCUUGCAGAAGUUGAUAAGCCAGGUAGCCUUAUUGACAACUAUGUGACCCAAUUGAGUUUUGUGUUGUCACGCAAAGCAGCAAGUCUUGUGAGCCUCCAGGCUCGCCUUGCUAGAUUCCAGCACCGACUUAAAGAGCAGGAGAUUCUCAGCCGUAAGAGAGUACCUCGUUGAUACAAAAAAAGAAAACACUUUUUGCCAUAUCUGAUGUUGAUGUGGCUGUGGUUGUGGAUAUUUGUUUGGGUUAGUUUUGAGUGUGGGGAAGAGAGAUGUGUUUUGAUUUGAAUGGGGGAAUUUGGAUUGUAAAGAUUGUGAGUAGUAGAAAGAGAAAACACAAGUUUACCCUAAAACUACUACUACCACUGCUGUGCUGGUUUUUAUAUGUAAUGGUGAAUUACAGCUUCCAAUAUACAACUCAACUAAUUCUACUCACUAUCAACAUUUAUUAUUGUUAUUAUUAUUAUA